AAGUUGAAAUGGAGGCUUGGAGCAGAUGAAGUUUGAGUUCAGUUUUCAGUGAACGCUGGCUUCUCUCUCUCUAAUGGUGUCCUCGUCGCUGCUCUCCCUCUCCCUCUCCGCAACGCUUUCUCGCCUUCACUUCGUCCCGAAGCUCUCGCUUCCGCCGGCGCUGGGCUCGGUCCGGAGACCGGCCCGCCGCCAUCAGCGGCCGGCGCGGCUCUCCUCGUCGUCGUCGUCGUGGCGGUCGCCGCCGCCGCCGCCGCCGCCGCCUUCCGGUCCGGACUCCGGUUCCUCGGUUUCGCGCGGAAGGAGGGCGAGCGCGGCCGGCGAUGAUCUGGUCGUCCUCGGCAUCGAGACGAGCUGCGACGACACCGCGGCCGCCGUCGUGAGAGGCGAUGGGAAAAUUCUGAGUCAAGUCGUGUCGUCUCAGGCAGAUCUGCUCGUUUUAUAUGGAGGUGUUGCUCCCAAAAUGGCGGAAGCUGCUCAUGCUGAAGCUAUUGAUCCGGUUGUUGAUAAAGCACUGAGUGAGGCUAAUCUGACAGCCAGAGAUUUAUCUGCAGUUGCUGUUACUAUUGGUCCUGGUUUAAGCCUUUGCCUUCGCGUUGGCGUGCGAAAAGCUCGAAGUAUUGCUGGGCUCUUCAGCAAGCCUAUUGUUGGUGUCCACCACAUGGAGGCCCAUGCUUUAGUUGCAAGGUUAGUCCAACAAGAUUUGCAAUUUCCUUUCUUGGCCCUUCUCAUUUCUGGUGGACACAAUCUACUUAUCCUUGCUCGGAGUCUUGGUCAAUAUGUGCAACUUGGCACCUCAAUAGAUGAUGCAAUAGGCGAGGCAUAUGAUAAGACAGCAAAGUGGCUAGGUCUGGAUAUGAGGAGGAGUGGUGGACCAGCUGUAGAGCAGCUUGCCCUGGAGGGUGAUGCAGAAUCAGUCAAAUUCUCAACGCCGAUGAAGCAGCAUAAAGAUUGCAAUUUCUCCUAUGCUGGCUUGAAAACCCAAGUGAGGCUGGCAAUAGAAUCCAGAAAAAUAAAUGCUCAAAUUCCUAUUUCUUCAGCAACUACUCAAGAUAGAAGUGACCGAGCAGACAUUGCUGCCUCUUUUCAGAGAGUUGCAGUUUUACACUUAGAGGAGAGGUGUGAACGUGCAAUUGACUGGGCAAUGGAAAUGGAGCCUUCAUUGAAGUAUCUGGUUGUUUCGGGAGGGGUGGCAUCGAAUAAGUAUGUCAGGUCUCGGCUUGAUCAGGUAGUGAAGAGAAAGAGCCUGGAACUUGUGUGUCCUCCGGCUAGCCUUUGCACUGACAAUGGUGUGAUGAUAGCUUGGACUGGUAUUGAGCACUUCCGGAUGGGUAGAUUUGAUCCUCCACCACUGGCAGAUGAGCCCGAUGAUGCUAUGUAUGAUUUGCGACCACGGUGGCCAUUGGGGGAGGAACAUGUUAAAGGAAGAAGUGAGGCUCGUUCUUUGAGAACGGCUCGGAUGCAUCCGUCGCUAACAUCAAUCAUCCAAGAAUCGCUGCAGAAGCAGUCCUGACUUGUAUCACCUAUGAUCAAUUCGACAUAGUCAGGAGCUCAGUCUUGGAAUUAUGGCGGUGGAGCUGCUGCCCGAUGUCCAUUGUUUUGGCAAAAGCAUGAAGUGAUAUUAAUUAUAGGCCGUCGGAAAGAGAACUUUGUGUAGAUGGUGAGAAAUUACUUGUUUUCAUUUACUUGUAGCUGCUUCAUCGGUUGGUUGUCAUUCUUUGAAGGGAGCUCAACUAGUGUAAAGUUUAUUGCAUCAAAUGAAACCCGAUGCGAGUUCAACUCACAAGGUGACCAUGUUCCAUUC